AUGAAGAGCAUCUUUGAGAAAGACUUGGAGUUUAUACAGCUCCUCUGCAAUCCAGAAUAUCUAAAGUGGCUACACAAUGAAAGAUACUUUGAGAGAAGCGACUUCAGGGAAUAUUUGAGGUAUCUUGAAUAUUUCAAGGACACCAAGUACUCAAAAUUUCUCAUGUAUCCCCAAUGUAUUGCCAUUUUAGAUAUUCUGAACAGUGAAAAGGCAUUUGAUUUCCUUUCAAACGACAAAUUCUAUUCAAAAUUGGACGAGAGUCAGCAGCAAAUGUGGAGAUUUCGAUAUUGA